AUGUCGUCGAACGAACAACAGACCUCAAUCAAAGAUGACUACAACCCUGAAUCCGAUUAUGAUUCAGCAGAUUCGGCAGACGACGAAGAAAUGGACCGAGACGAAUUGACGAAAGAAGAAAUCGAAGAUGAGAAGAACGAUCUUCUCAACGAGGCCGACAUUCCCCUUGAAGAGCUUAUGAGAAUGUAUCAAAUGCCACAGGGGGAUGACGAGCAAGAAAAUAAAGAAGAGGUGAAAGACGAUGCCGGUGAAUCAUCAGAGGCGGGAUUGAACCGCUCUGCGCUGACUACUAUCAUGAAUACGUCAUCUCUGGAUGACGGGACCGACGAGGAAGACGCAGACUACCAGCCACGUAUUAAAAUGAACAGUAACAAGCACAUUUACAAAGAGCCCAGGAUUGGAGAGCAGUACCAAGUCAGCCCGGCAAAUAUUCCAGAGGUGCUUAAAGCUGACGAUAGCGCGAAAGAAGAAACUUUAACUUUGGAGACGACCCUCUGGAAGCCCAGUGAAGAGGAUCCUCUCACUUUCUAUAGAACGCUUCAAAAUUCCAAGAAGCGAAAGCGAAAAGAGCCCUCAACCGAGCGCUUAUCGGCCAAUCAUGAGCGCCCGCCACCAAGCCCGUUUUCCGACAACGAAGAAGCGCUUUUCGACUUUUUCUGUACGAACUACAAGAUUCCGCUGGCCGUCAAACGAGUCCAGCAUCGCCAGAGCCAACGGAACCCGCGACAUCAGAAAUGGACGGCCGAAGAAAAAGCUGCUUUCGAAGUAGGAGUUGCAACGAAAGGCAAAAACUUCUUCAAGAUCCGCGAAGAGUACCUUCCAAAGAAGGACGUGAAAGACCUUGUCCUUCAUUACUACUUCUGGAAGAAAAGCGCUAACUACGACACCUUCUCUGCCAAAACGAGAUCGAAGCGCAACGGAAACUCCACCAACUACAUGGAGAAGCUCAUCGAAGAGCUAGAAACCAAACGACCCAGACGAAACGGCCCAAGAGCGCCUGAAGAGCCAUCAUCAAACACUAACGGUCACGCAAAGACUGAAACAAACGCUGCGCAAAGUGAAUCCACCGCUCCAACUUCCAACAAGGUGAUGACUCUCCAGCUGAACGGUGACACUUGGAGCGUCAGCGAAGAUUAG